UCGUUCUUGUCCACCAUGCCACCGAAACGAAAGAGCACAGACGGUCAGGAUAUUAAGCCAGCGAAGAAAUCCAAGAAGGUUGCCAUUGAGGAUGAGUCGGAAUCUGAGGAAGCUCCUCGCCCACCACCAUCGACCGUGAAGAAGCCAAAAUUUGCAGGAAAGGACCCAGAUCCGGUGGAAGAUAGUCCCAAACUCCAAAUAAACGAAUCGAAAGAGAAAUUCGUGGACCUGGGAAAAAACAAGCGCGUCACGAUUCGUGAAUUCAAGAAGUCGGUUUUGGUGGACAUACGCGAGUUUUAUACGGAUAAGUCAACGGAUGAAAUGAAGCCUGGCAAGAAGGGCAUAUCGUUGUCGUUGGAGCAGUAUCAAGCGUUGAAAUCGGCGAUUGUAGCAGGAGUUCUCGACGAGGCUGUGGACGAACUGAAAUGA